GAAAUGGGGAAGUUAAAUGAGAAGCCAUUCCAGGAUGCUUGUGCUGACAAGCUUUCUCCUAAACAUUCUGGCCCAAAAGCUUCUGAACUGUACACCCUAUGGCAGGAAGUACUCAAUAGCCCAAACUGGAAUCCCUUCAAGUCUGUCAUAGUUGAUGGCAGCUGCCAGGAGGAGGUCAUAGAUGUUGAUGAUGAUAAGCUGAAAGGACUGAAGAUGGCAUGGGGAGAAGGCCCCUACAAUUCUGUCAUCAGUGCAUUGGUGGAGAGGAAAGAAUACAACACUGAUGGAACAGGUGGUGUCUUCGAUGUUUGGAACUACAAGGAAGGGAGGAAGGCCACUCUUGGGGAGUGUGUUGACUGUAUCUUUGACCAUGUGAAGAAACUCAAGCGGUACCAAGUGACAUACAGUUGUGGUCUUGCGAGAGUUACAUGCGUUGCUGUCGCAGAUUUUGGCUUAAGUAAUAGCUUGUUUCUAAUAAUUGAAGACGGUGCUGGCUAUAUGGCUGACAUUGCUGAUGCACUGGCUUUUAAGCUUCAGUCAAAGAUAUGCUACCAUAGGGAUGCCAAUAUUGACUACCUAGAAAUCAAACGUAUGGUUGAUAAACUCACAGAAGAGAACAAGAAGUUCCGGGAUGAAAAAAUGGAAUAUCUGGAUAUGAUUAAUAUGGUCACAGAAGAAAAGGAGAAUUUGCAGCAUGAUUAUGAUGGUUCGUGA